GACCAAUCCGAUGAACGAUCUCGCAUAUCCUCAAAACCUCUCGAAAUAAGAUGACGCCACUUCCAAUAAAGACGUACCGUUGUUAAUGUUUCUGAUUACCGCAAAUUUGAAUCAAGCAAGGUCAACAUUCCGCUUGUGUAAUGGAGGAAGCAACAGUUGAAAGCCUGGCUGAGGUAUUCAGAUGUUUUAUUUGUAUGGAGAAGCUCCGGGAUGCCCGGCUGUGCCCGCACUGUUCAAAGCUCUGCUGUUAUUCCUGUAUACGGAGAUGGCUAACGGAACAAAGGCCCCAGUGUCCCCAUUGCAGAGCACCCCUUCAACUUCAUGAGCUGGUUAAUUGUCGGUGGGCUGAGGAGGUGACUCAACAACUCGAUACUCUACAACUGUGUACCCCCCAGGGAAAACAGGACGAGGUUGAUAAAGACAAAUGUGAAAUGCAUAAUGAGAAGUUGAGUGUAUACUGCUGGACCUGUCAUAAAUGCAUCUGUCACCAGUGUGCCUUGUGGGGUGGAAUGCAUUCUGGACAUACAUUCAAGCCACUGGAUGAGAUAUGGGCCCAACAUGCCUCACAGAUACAGGAAGAACAACUUGCCUUGAGGAGAAGAUUAAGAGAAUUAAUUAGCCUUAACCAAGACAUUGAUCGUAAUGUAGACAGUGUCAGAAGUGCCAAAGAUGACAGAGUAAGAGAGAUCAGGAACACAGUAGAACUCAUGAUAUCAAGACUGGAAACACAACUCAAGAGUAAACUACUAACUCUCAUGGGUCAGAAGAACUCACUGAUGCAGGAAACAGAGCUCCUGGAAUCCCUCCUUCACGAAGUGGAGCACCAAGUCAACUCUUGUUCUAAAAGUGAACUGAUAGCUAAGAGUGCCGAUGUCUUACAGACCUUCACUCAGGUUCAUCGUAAACCGAUGGCAUCGUUUGUCACAGCUCCAGUACCAGCAGACUUCACAAGUGAACUUGUGCCAGCAUAUGAUAGUAGCAGAUUUGUCCUCACUACUUUCAUAGCAUUACAGCACAAGGCUGAUCCAGUAUACAGUCCACCUCUCAUGGUUGCUGGACUCAGCUGGAGACUCAAAGUUUAUCCAGAUGGUAAUGGUGUGGUAAGAGGAAACUACUUAUCUGUCUUUCUUGAACUGUCAUCUGGCUUGCCUGAAACAUCCAAGUAUGAAUACCGAGUUGAGAUGAUCCAUCAGGCAUCACAUGAUAACAGUAGGAACAUUGUACGUGAGUUUGCUUCAGACUUUGAGGUUGGUGAAUGCUGGGGGUAUAAUAGAUUCUUCAGAUUAGAUUUACUGGCUGGUGAAGGAUAUCUCAAGGAUGAUACACUCAUACUACAAUUCCAGGUACGUCCUCCAACAUUCUAUCAGAAAUGUCGAGAUCAGCAGUGGUAUAUCAACCAGCUGGAGACAUCACAAAGACAGUCUGUACAACAGAUCAGUGACCUCAAAGAGAGACUUGCCAUUGAGUUAUCAAGAACACAGGGCAGUGCUGAACGGUCAUCACCAGAUACUGAUCGUGAUGGUGUUCAAGUUAAGUCAUGUUUACAGGGUCGUGAGCAAGCUGACUUGUGUAGGGACAAUAAUGAUACACAGGAGAGUGAUGGCUCGAGUGUGACAAUAUCUUCCCCCUCCUCGUCUGAAGAUGAUGAUGAAGAGGAGGAGGACGAAGAAGAAGAUGAAGAUGAUGAUGCUGGUGCAUCCGUCAUGGUGGUUGAUGAGGGAGAGCAGGGUGAUCUGGAGAGUGGUCCUCUUAAUGAGGAGAAUGAUAUUGAUGAAGAGACCAUGUCUGGUGAAAAUGAUGUUGAACAUUCCCGCAUAUGGGAUCUUGAGGAAGGUCCUCUAGAUGUGUCACUUGAUACAUCCCUCAAUGCAGUUACCAUGGAUACAGCUCAUUCCUCUACAUCUACCACCUUUACAUCAUCAUCUAUGACCCAACCAGCAAGAUCUGGUAAGGAUACCACACCCUCAAUAUCACCAUCAUCAUCAUCCUCUUCAUCAUCGUCAUCAUCUAAACAGACUAAUUUAAGCACACUCUCAUCCUCCACCACCACCACCACGGCAACAGCAUCAUCAGCAUCUGGUGGAACGGCAGGAGGGGCCUCAGGGGCUGGAGCCACGCCUCGUUCACAUCAUCACCCACACCGCCCACACCAUCACCACCAUCAUCAUCACCAGCAAGCAUCUCAUCAUCACCAAGGCGAAGGAGCAUCAGUGAUGCGGAAUCUAAGAGAGGAAGACAUCAUGCUGAUGCAGCUUCUUGAGAUGACAAGAGCUGGAGAUAGUGUUCUUGGUUUCAUGCCCAAGCCUCCGUAUCGGUCUAGAGUCCAUGCCAAGUCCAGCAAGGACAAACGUGAGCGGGAGAAGCGAGGGCGUCCUCUAUCAGCAGACUCUAUCUUACGUCGUAUCCAGACACGCAUGCUUGACAUGGGUCUUACAACGUUAGAUGUAGCAUCAUCAUCAUCAGGGCAGGAGCCGGGUGAGGUUGGUGAGGAGGCAGUAGCAGGGGCGGUUGGAGGCUCAAGAUCAGACACUGCACUGGGUUUUCCUUGUUUCUGGAAGCCAAAAACCAAACCAGUACCUAGUAUCUCUCUUCAGCUCUCCACUGAAGUCAGUAGCCAAGGAGAGAAGAAGGUAGACAGAGCAGUAGAUAAUGAAUCCCCUAGCCAAGUGGAAAAUGGCAGUGAAGACUCAAACACAGCUUCAGCAUCAUUCAUUGUAGAAGAUGGUCAACUGGUUGACCUUUCAACAUGCACAAGUGACCUUCAAUCUGCCUUAGAUGACCUCAGUACUGCUAGACUCAUGGCAAGAAUCAGUGCUCUGAAUAACCAAUUAGAAACAAGGAAUGAUAAAAACUCAAAUACUACAGCACAGCCAGACAAUGAGAGUGAGUCAAGUGGAGGUAUUGCAGCAGUGAGUAGCAAUGCAGAACCAUGCCAGAGAGAAGAAGCAUCAUCCAUCACAUUCACCCGUAAGAAGGCCACAACCAGUACAAGGAGUAGUCAUACUACUGAAUCAACAGGUAUCAGUACUGACUCUAGCCCAAGAGCUCUCGAAGACAAGCCAAAAGAAACCAACAAAUCCACAGCCUGCUAAGAAUUCAUUCUUUUCUUUCAUGAGAGACUGUUGUGAUAGGAAUCUCUUUAAUUCCUCAUCAUCCUAGAGAAUCAUUUGAUGAUAUUCUCCUGUGUGUGGAAGUUGAAAAGUGAUAUGAAAUGUGGUACCCAUGAGGAACCUUCACCUACAUGUGGUGUUACUAAUUGUGUAUGUGUAAGUAAAAUACAACACCAGUCCUUUUGCCCUACUCUUAAUAAAAGUCAAGUAUUAAAGCCUCCACCUCAUUCAUCAUAAUGAUGAUAAUAGGCAUUUAUAUAGCGCCAUCUAUCUAGAAAUAAUCUAUUCUGAGGUGCAUUGUUUAUUA